AAAAAAUUUCCUUUUUCUCUUCCAACGUCGAUUAGGUUACGUGUUAAAAACAUGGACAAAGUGUAAAAUAGGAAGUGGACACACCAAACAUAGGAGGAAGGUCGUUUAUACUGGCAAGACAUUUCUGGAUGAUCACGAACUAGCCACGAUGGCCUCUCGUGGACUCUGCGUCCUCGUGUAAAUGUCAUCUGAUCUCUUGAAAGAUACGAAACAAAAUUCUUCCUCUUUUAGCUGUAAAAAAUGAUGGCAAACUGCGUUUUAUCUCGACUGUUGGUGCGAGAUAGAAACAUUAGACCUUGUCACUUUCUCCUUUCGACCUCUUUCACUGCUCGUGCUUCAGUAACACAGAAAUGGAAGAUUAAAUUUAAUCAAUUUAUCUAAUCGCGUAUAGCACAUGUGCUAUGGCAUAGUUAAUUUCAUGUCCAGUACUGAGUUAUUUGUCCACACAUUUGGAAAGAUCAAUGACGAGGGGGGGAUGUAACACAGUUUGAUCAAUAUUUAAAGACAGUGAUAGAUAAGGAGGUGGGGGAGUAAAAGCUACCUUACGUUUGAAAUUGGCUUUUAUGUGUACUUCAUAAACACUAGCCACUGUGGUCCAGCAAAGGGGUGGGGCACUUGAUUGAACGAAAAAAAAAGAAUCCCCCCCUUCUUGUGUUUUACAGCUGACACACAUACGGACUUGUUAUGAAACGAUGGCGAGUUGGUGACCAUUUCUAAAAGAAGAAAGAAACGAUACAGAAAAACAAUGAUUCUUUUUUUUUCGUUUUGACUGCCGAGAGGGUGGAAUUCUUUUGGAUCACGCACGGUAAGGAGAAGGCAUCACGCAAGUGUAUUUUCAUGCGUUGCGUGACACGUGAUGAUGAUGAUCGCGAGAGAGGGGAGGCAAAAAAAAAAAGUUUCCAACUGUUUUUCGUUUUCUUUCUCGGUAGCCUAUUUUUUUCUCGUUGAAAAGAGAAAUCCGUAAGUCAAUCAUUUCGUUCUCUCCCCCUCGUCAUGUGAGUCGUCCAUGUCCUAAUUCAAUUCGACAAGUUUUAACCAAAUUUUAGUGUUUAAUUCGAAAUGACUUGUGUCUCGUCAUUGCAAUAUAGCCUCGAUUAUUAACCACUACAUAAAAAAAUUAACUAAGAAACACAACAAAAAACGCAACUAAAUUCAAACUUGCCAACCGCACGUCGUUACAUGGUUACAGAUCAGUCAAGAAAAUCUAACCAAAGUCCGGCAGAGUCAGGGUCGUCCUUUCUGGGGGCCAUCAUUGAUUUAUCGGUCCAGCAAAGGAUCAAACUUGAUUAAUAUUCUAUCAAUAGACGAAUAGAUUGUCUAUGCAGCAGAGUCAUACGCCAUCGUUGUCGCAAACAUCCACAGCAAGCGACCUUGGAUCUUGGACCUGUUACCCGAUCUGCCGAAUUGUUGAUGAAUUCCAGUCUGGCCCAAAACGACUACGCCCUGCCGGCCAAAGCAACCGAACGGCCCGUCAUUAAGAAACUGGUAGACAAUCUGCAGGUCGGCGGGCCUGGUGUCACUAUGGAAGCCAAGCCUUCGCUCAGGACGGAUUAUCCGGAAUUUCAAGUCAAGAGACCCGUCAUUCAUCGAUUGGUCGAUCAACUGAAGACGUCAGGUGGUGCGGCAAGUGAAGGCGAAUUCGCCGCAACGACGCUCAGCCGAGAUCAGUACAGGCCGUUCAGCAACGUCAAACGGCCGGAAGGUGGUCGAAAAUUGCGCUCCUCGUUGAAAGUCAGAGGCAACCUUGACGCCGUGUCUACCAGUCAUGAUUAUCAGGAUCACGAGAAUUACGUCCGGCCAGCCAAUCACCGGAUCCCCGACAGCAUUCAAAUAGAGAGCGGUAACGUUAUCGACUCAUCCGUGUCCAACGCCGAUUUUCGUCAGUUCAGCGUGGAGCGUCCGACGAUCCGUCGGCUUCAAAGUUCGUUGAAAAUCCCUGCUGGAUCGAUGGAGCAGAAUCAGUCUCUGUCGCAAGCCACUUACAAGGAGAUGCCCGUCUCGCGACCUAAGCGCCAUCUGUUGGCCGAUCAAAUCACCACCGGUGGUAACGGGCAGGAAAUGGCUAAAGCUGGGCAUCUGCACGAAGACUACAGGCAAUUCACGGCCGAGCGUCCGGUCAUCAAGAAAUUGCAGGACAAUCUCGCCAUACCGCACUUGGCUAAAUUCGAAGCGCACAAUGUCGAUUACCCGGAACAUGUCGACUACGCCAAACCCAUCCGCAAAAAGAUGGAAGACACGUUGAAAUUCAGCGGAUCCAUGGAGCAAGCCUCGCAGUCACGCAAGGAUUACGUCGAGUUUCACGCCGAGCGACCCGUCAUCAAGAAACUGCAGGACAACAUACCCGUGCAUCCGACCAACGGCUACACAGACGGGCAGCAACAGUCGACUCAGCGGGACUACGGCCAGAUGGAGGCCAAACGGCCCAUUAUCAACAAACUGCACGACAACCUGAAAAUGGAAGGUGACGUCGACUUGCAAACGGCUUACAUGCAAUCCUACGUCCAAAAAGCUGAUCCCGUGCGUCCAGAAAUUAAGCGCAUGCACAGCACGUUGGCCGUCGCCGCAGGAGAUUUCGCUACGGAAUCUGUUGUCAAAGCGGAUUAUCCGGAACAUCGGGUCCAGCGGCCGACCAUCGCCAAACCCGUUGGUCAGUUGCAGAGUAACGAUUCAUCUUGGGGUAGUAAUGGGGCAUCCCGACCAGCAGCCGGAGUUCGUCGAACGAGUCAACACACUGACGCUCCAGCCGGAAUGAAUUACUUUCAAGCCGGGCCCAACAUGAAUCGCGUCCGCCAGAUGGAAUCUUCAAUUCAGUUCGGAUCGGGUAAUUCGCCGGCAAUGAUGAGCGAAGCCCAGGAUUCUUUUAUUCCGCUGGAUGGCGCUCUGAAGAGUCAAAUGAUGAGGCCACGUACCAGCAAUCGACUGCAAGAUUGGAACGUUGGCGAACCAACCGCUAGGGGUCGGAGCCGAAUGAACGCUGCCAACAACAAUAGGCAACAAUCACCGCCAAUGACCAGGGACCAAGUAGUUGCCCAACAGGCGAGGAGGAAGCACCAAGCGACCGAAUCGUCGUUGUCGUUCAAUCAGGGCGGACAAUCGGCCGUCGAGACGGACGGAUCUCUUUACAAAAAGAGUUUCACGUUACCGGCCAUCGAGCCAUGUCCUGCCGCUGUGCUGCACGUUGAUGACAAAUCAAAUUAUCAGUUCACUAGAGAAUUACAUAAUCAUCGUUUCUAUCGGCCCAUCAUUAACUCGAUGGGUUGAUAAUUGAAAUGAUUUUUUAAAUUAAUCCCAUUUAGAAAUGACUUGAUCAUUAGUUUUCCAUCCUAAAAAAAAAAAGUAGUGAAGAAUCUUCAAGUUAUUUACUUUUCCAAAAUACUUUUUCGUAUUUCCGGCUCUUAAGAAAAAAAAAAAAAAGGAAACUUAAAUCGCCUUUUGACUUUUGUCUGCUCGAUGUUUUAUCAUGCACUCUAACCGACCACAAUACACUUCAAACUUGGAAUCCCAAUUCCAAAUAAAAAAAAAAACUAAACAAAAAAA